AUGACCAGUGACACCAGCACCACAGUGACAUCCACUGAUGACACCGCCACAUCUACAGCAUCGACCUCUGUGAGCACCUCCCCAGUGACAACCUCUACAGAGGCUACAUCAUCUCCAAUACCUUCUACAGACAGUUCUGCCUCCACUGUGGGGACUACGGAAUCUGGUCCAUCCUCAACAACUCUGACUGACAGCACCACUCUUAGCCCAACUUCCACAGGAGGUAGUACAGUUACAACAAUGACCAGUGAAACCAGCACCACAGUGACAUCCACUGAUGACACCACCACAUCUACAGCAUCGACCUCUGUGAGCACCUCCCCAGUAACGACCUCUACAGAGGCUACAUCAUCUCCAACACCUUCUAUAGACAGUUCUGCCUCCACUGUGGGGACUACGGAAUCUGGUCCAUCCUCAACAACUCUGACUGACAGCACCACUCUUAGCCCAACUUCCACAGAAGGUAGUACAGUUACAACAAUGACCAGUGAAACCAGCACCACAGUGACAUCCACUGUGGAUAGCAGCACAUCUACAGCAUUGACCUCUGUGAGCACCUCCCCAGUGACAACCUCUACAGAGGCUACAUCAUCUCCAACAUCUUCUAUAGACAGUUCCGCCUCCACUGUAGGGACUACGGCAUCUGGUCCAUCCUCAACAACUUUGACUGACAGCACCACUCUUAGCCCAACUUCCACAGAAGGUAGUACAGUUACAACAAUGACCAGUGAAACCAGUACCACAGUGACAUCCACUGAUGACACCACCACAUCUACAGCAUCCACCUCUGUGAGCACCUCCCCAGUGACAACCUCUACAGAGGCUACGUCAUCUCCAACACCUUCUACAGACAGUUCUGCCUCCACUGUGGGGACUACAGCAUCUGGUCCAUCCUCAACAACUCUGACUGACAGCACCACUCUUAGCCCAACUUCCACAGAAGGUAGUACAGUUACAACAAUGACCAGUGAAACCAGCACCGCAGUGACAUCCACUGAUGACACCACCACAUCUACAGCAUCCACCUCUGUGAGCACCUCCCCAGUGACAACCUCUACAGAGGCUACAUCAUCUCCAACACCUUCUACAGACAGUUCUGCCUCUACUGUGGGGACUACGGAAUCUGGUCCAUCCUCAACAACUCUGACUGACAGCACCACUCUUAGCCCAACUUCCACAGAAGGUAGUACAGUUACAACAAUGACCAGUGACACCAGCACCACAGUGACAUCCACUGUGGAUAGCAGCACAUCUACAGCAUUGACCUCUGUGAGCACCUCCCCAGUGACAACCUCUACAGAGGCUACAUCAUCUCCAACAUCUUCUAUAGACAGUUCCGCCUCCACUGUAGGGACUACAGCAUCUGGUCCAUCCUCAACAACUUUGACUGACAGCACCACUCUUAGCCCAACUUCCACAGAAAGUAGUACAGUUACAACAAUGACCAGUGACACCAGCACCACAGUGACAUCCACUGAUGACACCACCACAUCUACAGCAUCCACCUCUGUGAGCACCUCCCCCAGUGACAACCUCUACAGAGGCUACGUCAUCUCCAACACCUUCUACAGACAGUUCUGCCUCCACUGUGGGGACUACGGAAUCUGGUCCAUCCUCAACAACUCUGACUGACAGCACCACUCUUAGCCCAACUUCCACAGAAGGUAGUACAGUUACAACAAUGACCAGUGACACCAGCACCACAGUGACAUCCACUGAUGACACCACCAC